AUGACGGUAUUAACGCUGCACGUGUUACGUUGCCGUGGUUUAAAUAAAUUAGCCAAUCCGCUGAAAUUAACAGUAACCGGUAGUCUUAUUAAAUCACGAUCGUGUUCUGUGUUUGAAAAAUACGCAAAAAAAAUGUCAUAUACAACUAUCGAAAGGGGUGCACUAAAUAGCACUGAUUAUAGAAUUUAUUUCAGAAAUGAUGUUGGCCCAAUUUCACCCAUGCAUGACAUUCCACUUUAUGCUGAUGAAAGUAAUAAAAUAUUAAAUAUGGUUGUUGAAAUACCAAGAUGGACAAAUGCAAAGAUGGAGAUUAAUCUUAAAGAAACUUUAAAUCCUAUUAAACAAGAUGUUAAAAAAGGCAAAUUAAGAUAUGUUGCUAAUUGUUUUCCUCAUCAUGGAUAUAUAUGGAAUUAUGGUGCAUUGCCACAGACAUGGGAAAAUCCUGAAGUUUUAGAUGAAGCCACUGGAUGCAAAGGAGACAAUGAUCCCAUUGAUGUCCUUGAAAUAGGAUACAAGGUUGCAAAAAGAGGAGAAAUCUUAAAAGUAAAAGUUUUAGGUUGUGUUGCACUCAUUGAUGAAGGUGAAACUGAUUGGAAGAUUAUUGUUAUUGAUGUCAAUGAUCCCUUGGCAGAACAAAUGAAUGAUGUAUCUGACAUUGAAAAACAUUAUCCAGGAUUAAUGAAAGCUACUAUUGAAUGGUUCAAGAUUUAUAAAAUACCAGAUGGUAAACCAGAGAAUCAAUUUGCAUUCAAUGGUGAAGCAAAAUCGAGAGAUUUUGCUUUACAUAUUGUGGAAGAAGUACAUCAGCAUUGGCAAAAUCUUAUUAAACGAGAAGCUCCUGCAGGAGGAAUUGCAUGUACUAACACAACUAUAUCAGGCAGUCCAUUUAAAACUACUAUAGAAACUGCUGAAGAAGUAUUGGAAAAAGCUGCAGAACUAUCAGAACCUCAAUCAGUAGAUCCUAUUGUCAAUAAAUGGCAUUACGUGCAUCUUAAAUGAGAAUAAAGGGAUAUUCUCAUAUCAAUGCAUCCUUUGAUGUGUGCACACACUUGCUUGUUUUUAGGGCACAUAAUGGAAUACUGCUGCAUAAAUUUUAAUACAUUUAAUAGUUAUAGAUUAUAUUUAAAUGAUAUAGCAUGUGCUUGCAGUACCGAAACAAGCAAUACUUAUUCAAUUAUUAAAACUAAACUUUAUGUAUCUUAUUAUUAUUUAUUAUUUUAAUAUAUUUAUAACUAUCGAAUUGGAAAGUAUGUACAAAGUUUUCUAAGUAUUUUUUAACUAUGUAUCAAAUUAUCUUGUUACUGUACUGUACGUACAUGAACACAAAUAAUAAUAUAUAAUAGAAAUUACAUAUACUCUUAUAAGGUUGUGAUGCAGCUUUCCAUCAGUAUCCAAGAAUAGAAUAUUCUAGAUAAAUAGAUUUAUUUUUAUUUUCCUUACAUUAUAGAUAUAAUGUAACAAUAAAUUAGUUUGUAAUUUCAUUAAAGAUUUUAAAUCCU